AUGGCUCCCGCACUCACAAUCGAGCAGCCCGCCCAGCCAACUUCCAAUGGGAAGCUUGCGCUGAAGCACACAUACAUUCUGAAUCGGGUCCCCUGGCAGCUUCCGGUGGGGACCCACGCGGAGGGGAUAUACAUCACCCUUCAAGAUGGACGGACCGUCCUUGACGCUGUCGGAGGCGCGGCAGUAUCAUGCAUCGGGAUGGGUCAUCCUGAGGUGAACAAGGCUAUCAAGGACCAGGUUGACAAAGUCUCCUAUGUUUACAAUAUGCAGCUGUCCAAUGAGCCAGCAGAGGAGCUCGCCAAGCAACUGGUUGACACCAGCAACGGUGCCUUUGCCAUCUGUGGUUUCUUGUCUGGCGGUACCGAAGCCGUGGAGAGCGUCAUUAAACUUGCCCGACAGUACUUCGUAGCGACAGGCCAGCCUCAACGCACGAACUUCAUAGCACGGCGGCUCUCCUACCACGGUAACUCGCUGGGGAUGCUAUCUUUGGCCGACCACCCGGUGCGCCGUGCGCCGUAUGAAGCCGUGUUAAACCAUGAGAACUUCCAUCAUGUGUCUCCCGCCUACGCUAAGCGUUUCCAGAAGCCCAAUGAGACCGAAGAGCAAUACGUAGAACGUCUAAGACAAGAACUUGAGAACAAGUUCAUCGAGCUCGGACCGGAUACAGUGGUCGGGUUUAUCGCGGAAACUGUGGUUGGAGCUACUACCGGUGUUGUGGCCGCCCCGAAGGGUUAUUUUAAAGCCAUGAAGUCUGUGUGUGACAAGUACGGUGCCUUGUUCAUGCUCGAUGAAGUCAUGAGCGGUAUGGGGCGUAUGGGCACCCUGCAUGCAUGGGAAAGCUACGGUGACAAUGUCGCCCCUGACAUUCAGGCUGUAGCAAAGGGUCUUGGAGGCGGCUAUGCCCCAAUCGGAGCUAUUCUGAUCUCGCAGAAGGUUGCGGACGGUAUUCGCGACAAGGACGGAGUCUGGAAGCACGGCCACACUUAUCAGGCACAUCCAGUGGCUUGUGCGGCUGCGCUUGCGGUGCAGAAAGUGAUCGCGAAGGAGAACUUGCUCGAGAAUGCCCGCAUCCAGGGUCAAUACCUUGGCAGCCUUCUCCGGCAGCGUUUACAGUCGCCCAAUUCCCCUGCCGCACCAUUCGUCUUCGACGUCCGAGGAGGAGGCGCAUGGUGGGGGGUGGAAUUCGACUUCACUGGUCCGGAGGCUGCACGCCUUGACUUCAAGGGCCAGCGCUUUGCUAUGGCUGUACAAGCCCGCUGCAUGCAGAACGGAUUGAUUGUCAUGGGCAUGACAAACGGCGCCGAUGUAGAAGCUACACGCGGCGACCAUCUGAUGCUCUCUCCGGCUUACAAUGUCACUAAGGAAGAGGUAGAGAAGAUUGUGGACCUUUUCGUGGAGGGCGUGGAGGAGGUCUUGCGCUCGAGCGCCCGAGUCAAGGCAGCUAAGCAGAAGGAGAAGGAGAAGGAACGCACAUCCUCAGAGCAAGUAUCCUCCUCAUCUUCCGUGCCGUCCAAACGAGUCCGGGAAGCCACUGGAGGGAAGGGAAAGGCUCAGGAAGUGUCUACAGAGUCCUCGCGAGCAAGCAAGAAAGCCCGUCGUGCCACAUACCCUGCUACUACAUUGUCCAUCAACGAAACACCAAGAGACGCCAAGGGAAAGAAGCGUGCAGUACCGGAGAGUCAGUCUGAGGAAGAGAACGUCGCGUCGUCCGCAAACACGAAACGUCUGAGGGCUACCACGAGUGCAUACCAACUUCGAUCCAGAUCAGACACCCAAGCAUCAUCCGAAAUGACAAAGAAGACUAGGUCGACCACAGCAAAGGGGAAGGCAGCUACUAAAAGCAAAGCCAUGGCAGUGGCAGCGAGUUCAUCCCGCGUAGAGGACGAGGAUGUUGAGAUGCUGGAUGCUGAGUGCGUGCAGAAGGAUCUCCACCCCGACCUGGACGAGGAGGGUAUGGAAGAGGGUAUGGAUGAAGCAGUCGUCAACGACGAAGUCGAUGGACGCGAUGAGGAAGACGCACAUGACGAUGACCAUCAUCAGGACACGAAGGCGCCCAGCGAUGGCCUGGACGAACCAUCCGCGAUGGCGGUGUUUGGUGACUAUCGUCACUUUGCCUCGCACAUGAUGGGUCUUUCUAGCCGUCUUAAGACGAUGCUCAACAACAUCAAGUCCACCGCAGACCCCACAACACGUCUCGUAACUCUUCAGGAGCUCAGUGAACUACUCAGUAUCAGUACUGAGGACACUUUAGGGGGCUUCCAAGUCGAAUCGUAUGUGCGGGAGCUUGUUCGCAUUCUUGGCGGAACCGGGAAUGACCCUGAGGAAGGCGAUGACGAUGAUACGCAAGAGGCCGACGAAGACGCCGCAUUGGCUGCGGCUCUGGCGAUGAGUACCGGCGGUACGUACCAAGGAGAUGAGAAUCUGGAAGCCCAAGUACUGGCUUGCAGGUGUCUCGCCAAUUUGAUGGAAGCAUUGCCGGGCGUCGCCCACACUGUCGUCUACCACGGUGCCAUCCCUGUUCUUUGUAGCAAACUAAUCGAGAUCUCAUACAUCGACCUGGCGGAGCAAACGCUCAGCACAUUGGAGAAGAUUUCGGAGGAAUUCCCAAGCUCAAUCGUUCGUGAAGGUGGUCUAGCUGCACUCUUGAACUACCUCGAUUUCUUUUCUAUCGCGGUUCAGCGCACGGCGCUUCAAGCGGCCUCCAAUUGUUGUCGCAAUGUCUCCCCCGAACAUUUCCCGAUGAUCCAGGGAGUGUGGCCUAUCGUCCGUAACUGCCUCGGGUAUGCCGACCAACGUCUAGUUGAAUAUGCAUGCCUCUGUGUCAUCCGUGUCGUGGAUGCAUACUAUCGCGCGGCCUCGGACAAACUGGAAGCAUUGUUCGACAUCGAUCUCAUCAGGGCUGUGAACCUCCUCCUCCUUCCUUCAGGUGGAUCACCAUUGAUCGCCGCAAAUACGUUCACCUUGCUCUUACGAGCCCUAGCGACUGCUGCCCGUGCAAGUCCGAAGAUUACUGUAGUAUUGCUGGAAGCUGGAAUUGUCGAUACACUGUAUCAGAUUCUCACCGGAGUACUCCCGUCUGCUAAUGAAGGAGGCGAAGAACAAGGUGACGCAGCAGGGGGUCAGGGACUCGGUGGCGGUGUGGCCGACAUGACUGUGAUGGAGAAUUUAGCCCAUCGUCCCAAGGAUCAGGUGGAGGAAACUCUGAGUCUUGUCUCUGAGCUCAUGCCGCCAUUGCCCAAAGACGGUGUGUUCGAUCAUAGGUCAUAUACUGAGAAAGCAUUGUCACGGCUCGUGAAAGCGAAAGCGAAAGCGGAUCGAGCAGCAGCGCGCCAAGCCGCUGCCGCUGCCCUUGGUCCCGCAUUAGAUCUAAUCGGAGGCUCUGGUGCAGGGUUGCCUGGGCACAGUGUUGUCGCAGACGACAACAGCGUUGCCGAGGGCACAACCGCGGACUCGCAAUCCGUUCAGGACGGAGAAGAGUUGAGCUCGUCCGCACAGCCCAAGGAGGCAGCUCCUGAUCGCACUGAACUUCUGCGAUCGAAACCUGAGGCUGUCGGACGUUUCUUGCGCCUGUUGGUACCCAUCCUAGUUGAUGUCUAUGCUGCUAGUGUCAUGACACCGGUGAGAAUCAAGACGUUGACCGGCCUACUCAAGGCGGUCAGCUUCCUCGAUGGCGAGGAGCUUAAUCGGGUGUUCACGUCUGUCCCAGUCGCUAGUUUCGCUUCAUCCAUUCUGUCGUCGAAGGACCACCCGACACUAGUGAUCGGUGCACUUCAGCUGGUGGAACUCCUUCUAAGUAAAGUGCCGACAGAAUACAAGCCCGUUUUCAGACGAGAAGGGGUUCUGCACGAAAUUGAGGCCCUCGCAGCCCGCACUGUGUCGCCGAAAGCCAAGGACAAAGAUAAAGACAAGGACAAGGACUCUUCCGACGUUCCUGCGCCCGCUGAGUUGGCCACUCCGGCACACGUCGCUGCUACCUUAGCGGCAACUAUCCCCGGAUACAAGAAAUUGUCCUCUCUGGCACUAGAACCUGACGACGCAAUAACUCUGCGAGCGCGCCUCAUACGCUUCAAGCACCUCGGAGCGGAGGAUAACGGCGAAGAGGACAAUGUCUUUGCUAGCCUACGGCGUCUUGUUUCGCAGCUAACCACUCGUUCUGCUUCCGAAAAAGACCUGACGACUCCGUUGGAAGAGCUGGCAGGACUAUUCGCUAAUCCUCACACGUCCGUGUCUAGUUUCGAGCUCCUACAGAGCGGGCUAGUAGAUGGCCUGCUGCAAUUCGUCACGGCAACAGAAGGGUGGAACGUGGACCUCCCACGCCGACAGAGAUUAUUCUUCGCUACGUUCAGUAUAUCGCGCUCCAAAGCUGCCCCGCAGGGCCAAACACCGAUUGCCACAUUCAUCAAAAAGCUGCAGGAGAGCUUGACCCGCAUGGAAUCAUUCGAAGUUGUUACUGUUGCGCAGAGUGCAGAUGAUUCUAAGCGGAGCUCACCUUCGUUGCUCGCUCGUCAGCUCCGACUGAGGUUGGUUGCAGCCGAGGAUUCUGAUGUCCCGAAGAAUCUCAGCAAUAUUGUGGUCUCUAUUCAUGCUAUCGCGACUUUUCAGGCGUUACAUGACUACUUACGGCCGAGGGUGGCUGGAUCACUACCUAGUGGCUCACGGUUGUCAGGGAUGCUUGCCGCUCUGGCAGCCUCAGGACUGGCGCCACCGUCAUUCCCGCUGGGUUCUCUGGAUCAACUGCAUAGGCCUGCGAAGCCUGAGCCUGCUAGCGGCACAUCAGCUUCUGUCGGUGUGGCUCGUCGACGUAGUCUUCGUCUCAGUGCGAAGCAGUCUGGCCCUGAGGAACCUGCCCCUGCCCUUGUCCCCGAGGAAGAGAGUGCUAAUGAAUCACGAUUGAGCGCAGCGCCAUCGGCUCUACAGCCUGCUGAUGUAGCAAGUUCCACUUCAGCGCCGGACAGUGCUUCAAGUGGCGCUACCGUCCAUGAACCAGAGUAUGCUGCCGACUUCUCGGAGGAUGAUGUGGAUGUUGAUGUAAUUGACGAGGAUGACCAUGGUGAUAUUGCACAAUCAGAGAAGACCGUCACUGUCUCCGUUCAAGAUGAUGGUUCCAAAGUCGAGGCUCAGACACCCGACGGUACCAGGGUUUCGACGCCUGCACCCGCCAAAGCUCGGACAUCGGCACCAACAUCACGCUCAUCCAAUGUAGGGGCUUCGUAUGCGGCUGCUCUCAAGUCGAAACCCAGCGAUUGGCAUCUGGAAUUCUUUAUGGACGAUCACAAGCUACCCCUCGAUCUCACCAUCUACGGCGCAAUUCAUCAACACGAAUUGCGCAAGAAAUCAGGCCCAGCCCUCGCCCCGAGUAUGAUUUGGCAGGGUGUAUACACUAUCAAGUUCAAGAAGGUUUCUGGACCAGCACCCGCCUCCGAAUGUGGUCGUUCACCAGGCCCGACAUUGUCAUCGCUCCCAGAAGAUGCCCCACAUGGGAAGAUUCUGCGACUGCUCCGUGUCCUCUACAGACUGAAUGCGCGAGAGCAUGAGCGAUCUGCUGUCCCUGGACAGAAUCGUGCGCUGUCUGAAGUUUCGUUCGUGAACAACAAGCUUACAGCAAAACUUACUCGACAACUUGAAGAGCCCAUGAUUGUCGCCAGCUCGUGUCUCCCUGACUGGGCCCUCGAUCUGCCUCAGCAUUUUCCCUUCCUCUUCCCAUUCGCCACUCGAUACAACUUCUUGCAAUCGACAUCAUUUGGCUAUGCCCGACUCAUCCUCAAGUGGCAGAGUCAACAAACCAGAGGGCAAGAUUCUUCUCGACGUGAUGACGGAGUGGGAUUCUUGGGCCGCCUGCAGCGACAGAAAGUCCGGAUAUCUCGGCAGCACAUCUUGGAAUCAGCGGUCAAAGUCUUUGAGUUGUACGGCUCCUCAUCUUCCAUCCUUGAAGUGGAGUAUUUCGAGGAGGUCGGCACAGGUCUGGGACCGACACUUGAGUUCUACUCCCUCGUGUCCAAGGAAUUUGCUAGAAAAGAUCUCAAGAUCUGGAGAGAUGCCGAUCCCCUCUUGUCAGGACCUUAUGUUCACCAUCCGCUUGGCUUGUUCCCCGCCCCUAUCGACCCGAACGAUAUCGUCAACGAUGGAGGACAUAAACGAACUCAUAUUUUUCGCGUCGUGGGACAAUUUGUCGCAAAGGCAAUGCUUGAUUCUCGCAUCAUCGAUCUAUCAUUCAACAGAAUUUUCCUCAAACUUGUACUGGGAGAAGAUGUACCACUGAAUGUAGACAUUCUGAGGGGGGUCGACCCUGAUUUGGCAGCUUCCCUAGCUCAAGUACAGGCCCUAGCAGCAGUGCAGAAUCAGAGCGACAAGGUAUUAUCUCUCUUACGAUCCCUGUGGUUGGACUUCCUGACCUUGUGUCACCAGUCGCGUCGCAAACAUGGAGUAGACGAGGUUCGAGUCGAAGACCUCGCCCUCGAUUUCACUAUUCCAGGGUAUGACGUGGAGUUACGACCUGGUGGAAGAGAUAUGCUCGUGACGUCAGAAAAUGUUGACGACUACGUACAUGACAUUCUCGACGCUAUAAUUGGGAAGGGUACUCAGCUUCAAGCGAAAGCGUUCCGAGAAGGAUUCUCGAAAGUCUUCCCUAUAACGGAUCUGCAGGCGUUCACAACGGACGAGCUGGCUAUGCUCUUUGGCAAUGCUGAGGAGGAUUGGAGUAUCGAGACAUUGAGUGAAGCUCUUAAGGCCGACCAUGGCUUCAAUGUAGAGAGCCGCGCUAUACGACAGCUGCUAGAGAUCAUGUCGGAAUUCGAUACACCGACACGUCGUUCCUAUCUGCAAUUCAUCACUGGCAGUCCAAGGCUACCCAUCGGCGGUUUCCGAGGUCUGAAUCCACCACUGACGGUCGUGCGCAAGCCGCAUGAGGCGCCGCUUACCGCAGAUGAUUAUCUGCCCAGUGUCAUGACAUGCGUCAACUAUCUGAAGCUGCCUGAGUACUCAUCCAAAGUGGUGAUGCGAGAGAAGUUACAAAUAGCAAUGAGAGAGGGUGUAGGUAGUUUCCACUUGUCAUAA